AGCCUCCAGUUACUGUGUAUCGCGAGAAGACGGGCCGCUCUGGCGGUAGCGAUAACGAGCCUUGGUGGUGGUGGUAGUGGUGGUGCUAGUGGCGGUGGCGGCCGAGACGGCGGCGGCCAUUUUGGUGAGGCCUCGGGAGCAGCGGAGGCGGCGGCGGGGUCGCUGGGAGUAGCGUCUCCUUUUUCUUCAACUCACCAAGCACCUCUUCGCGGCGUGACUGGAAGCGGUGGGAGCAUCGGGGUGGCUCGUGUUACGGCCCUUAGGGGAAUUUAAAGUGGUGAAGGCGGCGACCAAGAGGGGGCCCUCCCCCCUCCUCGGCGGGAGGGGGGGUGGUGAGCACGCCCCCGAGGACGCAGGUGUGAUUUCCUUCAGUACAGCACGGCACCGUGGAAGUGCAGACUCUCACAGGGGGUGUGGUCUCUGCUCACACAGGUACUCCAGAGGCUGGUGAACCUGAGCGGAGGCUGGGACGCCCUGGUGGGCCCCGGGCCCUGGAAGGCAGGUCCCGGUGGCUGGUGGCCCAGAAUGAGGCCAGCUCCCAGCAUGCCCUGCAGCCGGACACCAGCCACUCGGCCUGCAGCAACGGUGAUAACCCAGUCAUUCUUCAGGCAUCCAGCAAGGAGCCUGGGAGUGGGACCAUGCAGAGCAGCCCCUCCACUGCUCAUCCUCAGCUCCCAAUCCUACAGACACAGAUGGUGUCGGACGGCAUGACAGGCAGCAAUCCUGUGUCUCCUGCCUCAUCUAGUUCUCCAGAUUCUAGUGGGGCAGGAGGCAUCUCCCCCCAACAUAUAGCUCAAGAUUCCUCACUGGAUGGACCUCCAGGCCCACAAGAUGGUACCACAGUUCCUCUGGAGGGGUUCAGCUUAUCCCAUGCUGCUGACCUGGUCAACAGGGGUCAGAAGUGGGAGAAGAGCCAUGCAGAAAUUGCAGAGCAAGCCAAACAUGAAGCUGAAAUUGAAACUCGGAUUGCUGAACUUCGGAAGGAGGGAUUCUGGUCAUUGAAAAGGCUACCUAAAGUGCCAGAGCCUCCCCGCCCUAAAGGACACUGGGACUAUCUGUGUGAAGAGAUGCAGUGGCUCUCUGCUGACUUUGCUCAGGAACGCAGAUGGAAACGAGGUGUGGCCCGGAAGGUGGUACGUAUGGUGAUCCGGCACCAUGAAGAGCAGCGACAAAAGGAGGAGCGAGCUCGGAGAGAGGAACAGGCCAAGCUGCGCCGAAUUGCUUCUACCAUGGCCAAGGAUGUUAGGCAGUUCUGGAGCAAUGUGGAGAAGGUGGUACAAUUCAAACAACAGUCUCGGCUUGAAGAAAAACGUAAGAAAGCCUUGGACCUGCACCUGGACUUCAUUGUAGGGCAAACUGAGAAGUACUCAGACCUUCUGUCUCAGAGCCUUAACCAGCCACCGGCCUCCAGCAAAGCUGGCUCCUCCCCUUGCCUUGGUUCUUCCUCAGCAGCAUCCAGUCCUCCACCCCCGGUUUCUCGACUGGAUGAUGAAGAUGGGGACUUUCAACCCCAAGAGGAAGAAGAGGAAGAUGAUGAGGAGACCAUUGAGGUUGAAGAACAACAGGAAGGCAAUGAUGCAGAGACCCAGAGGCGUGAGAUUGAACUUCUUCGACAUGAGGGAGAACUGCCACUGGAAGAGCUGCUCCGUUCCCUCCCUCCUCAGUUAUUGGGUGGGCCUUUUAGCCCCUCUCAAACACCUUCUCAUGACAGUGAUACCCAGGAUGGGCCUGAAGAAAAUAUUGAAGAGGAGCCAUCUCAGGAUUUAGAGGUACACCCUCCAUCUUCCGCUGUCACACAAUGUAACAAGCAGCGUUGGCAUCCAGAUGAAGAUGAUGAAGAGUUUACUGCUAAUGAAGAUGAAGCAGAGGAUGAAGAGGACACUAUAGCAGCUGAAGAGCAGUUGGAAGGGGAGGUGGACCAUGCCAUGGAACUGAGCGAAUUGGCUCGAGAAGGUGAACUGUCUAUGGAGGAGCUACUGCAGCAAUAUGCAGGGGCCUAUGCCUGUGAUGCCUCUGCUCCAGCCUCAGGGGAUAGUGAAGAUGAAGAUGAAGUUGAAGCCAAUAGCUCUGAUGGUGAACUAGAGGAAACAGUUGAAGAGGCAGCUCAAGAAGACAGUAGCAGUCAGUCGGAUUCUGCUGAGGAGUGUAGUGAGGAUGAGGAAGAUGAACAUUCAGAGGAAGAAAUGAGUGGGAGUUCACAGUCGGAAGAAUCUGAGUCUGAUGAGUCGGAGGAUGCUCAGUCCCAGAGCCAAGCAGAUGAAGAACAAGAUGAUGAGGGAGAGGAUGAUGAUGUUGAUGAUGACGAUGAUGAUGGUUUUGGAGUAGAGUACUUGCUUGCCCGGGAUGAUGAAAGGAGUGAGGUUGAUGGGGGCAGUGGACCUCCCACCCCCGGUCCUACGACCACUCUAGGGCCCAAGAAAGAAAUUACUGAUAUUGCUGCAGCAGCUGAAAGUCUCCAGCCCAAGGGUUAUACUUUGGCUACUACCCAGGUGAAGACACCUAUUCCGCUACUCCUUCGGGGCCAGCUCCGAGAGUACCAACACAUUGGCCUUGACUGGCUGGUUACUAUGUAUGAGAAGAAGCUGAAUGGCAUUCUUGCAGAUGAGAUGGGACUAGGAAAGACAAUCCAGACCAUCUCCUUGCUUGCUCACUUGGCCUGUGAGAAAGGUAACUGGGGUCCCCAUUUAAUCAUUGUUCCGACCAGCGUGAUGUUGAAUUGGGAGAUGGAAUUGAAACGUUGGUGCCCGAGUUUUAAAAUCCUUACUUACUAUGGAGCUCAGAAAGAGAGAAAGCUCAAGCGGCAGGGCUGGACCAAGCCCAAUGCUUUCCAUGUGUGUAUCACGUCUUACAAGCUGGUACUGCAAGAUCACCAGGCUUUUCGUCGUAAGAACUGGCGGUAUCUUAUUCUGGAUGAGGCUCAGAACAUCAAGAAUUUCAAGUCCCAACGAUGGCAGUCACUGCUCAACUUUAACAGCCAGAGGCGCCUGCUCCUGACAGGAACUCCCUUGCAGAAUAGCCUCAUGGAGCUGUGGUCCUUGAUGCAUUUUUUGAUGCCACAUGUCUUCCAGUCUCACCGAGAAUUCAAGGAGUGGUUUUCUAACCCUCUAACUGGCAUGAUUGAAGGAAGCCAAGAAUAUAAUGAAGGUCUAGUCAAACGCCUCCACAAGGUUCUGCGACCUUUUUUGCUGCGCCGAGUUAAGGUGGAUGUUGAGAAGCAGAUGCCCAAAAAGUAUGAGCAUGUUAUCCGGUGCCGACUUUCCAAGCGGCAACGCUGUCUCUAUGAUGACUUCAUGGCACAGACUACAACUAAGGAGACACUAGCUACAGGCCAUUUUAUGAGUGUCAUCAACAUUCUGAUGCAGUUGCGGAAAGUCUGCAAUCAUCCAAAUCUAUUUGACCCUCGACCUGUUACCUCCCCGUUCAUCACCCCAGGCAUCUGCUUUAGCACCGCCUCUCUGGUUCUAAGGGCCACUGAAGUUCAUCCUCUCCAGCGAAUUGACAUGGGUCGGUUUGAUCUUAUUGGUCUGGAGGGCCGAGUCUCUCGAUAUGAGGCUGACACAUUUCUGCCCCGCCACCGUCUUUCCCACCGCAUACUGUUAGAGAUAGCAACUGCACCUGAUCCUCCACCUCGUCCCAAGCCAGUCAAGAUGAAGGUCAACAGAAUGCUGCAGCCAGUGCCCAAGCAAGAAGGCCGUACAGUGGUGGUGGUGAACAGCCCACGGCCUCCCCUUGGCCCUGUCCCAGUCCGUCCCCCUCCAGGCCCCGAGGUCUCAGCCCAGCCUGCUCUUGGUCCAGUUCCUCCAGUGUUGCCAGCACCACUCAUGGUGUCGGCUUCACCUGCCGGAACACCAGUUGUUCCUGCAUCUCGGCCACCUGGACCUGUUCUCUUGUCUCCCUUGCAGCCAAAUACUGGUCCUCUCCCCCAGGUGUUGCCAUCCCCCGUGGGAGUCAUGAGUGGGACCUCACGGCCUCCCACACCAACCCUGUCACUGAAGCCAGCCCCACCUGCCCCAGUUCGGCUGAGCCCAGCUCCACCUCCAGGUUCCUCCAGCCUCUUGAAGCCCCUCACAGUGCCACCAGGCUACACUUUAUCUCCUGUUGCUGCUACCACCACCUCCUCCACCAUAGCAACUGUCACCACUACAGCAGUGCCAGCUCCGAAUUCUACACCACAACGCCUCAUCUUAUCUCCUGAAAUGCAGGCUCGUUUGCCUUCUGGAGAAGUGGUCAGCAUUGGACAGUUGGCUUCCUUGGCACAACGUCCAGUGACUAGUGCUGGGGGAAGCAAACCUCUCACCUUCCAAAUCCAGGGCAACAAACUGACUUUGACUGGUGCCCAGGUGCGCCAGCUUGCUGUGGGGCAGCCCCGCCCGCUGCAAAGGAAUGUGGUGCACCUGGUGUCAGCAGGGGGUCAGCACCACCUCAUCAGCCAGCCUGCCCAUGUGGCCCUCGUCCAGGCCGUGGCCCCGACCCCUGGCCCCACCCCUGUCUCUGUGCUGCCUUCGACCCCCAGCACCACCCCUGCCCCUACUGGCCUCAGCCUUCCGCUUGCUGCUAACCAGGUGCCACCAUCCAUGGUGAACAAUACAGGCGUGGUGAAGAUUGUAGUGAGACAGGCCCCUCGUGAUGGAUUGACUCCUGUUCCACCAUUGGCACCAGCACCUCGGCCUUCAAGUUCUGGGCUUCCAGCUGUGUUGACAUCACGCCCUACGUUAACCCCUAGCCGUCUAUCCUCACCUACUCUGGGUACUACUCGUACCCCCAUACCCACACCCACUCUGGUGAGGCCCCUCCUCAAGCUGGUCCACAGUCCUUCGCCUGAAGUCAGUGCUUCAGCACCCGGAGCUGCUCCCAUGACCAUCUCUUCCUCUCUGCACAUGCCAUCCUCACUCCCUGGGCCAGCCUCUUCUCCGAUGACAAUUCACAAUUCCUCUCCCCUUUCUAGUCCUGUGUCCUCUACGGUCUCAGUCCCUGUGUCAUCUUCACUUCCCAUCUCUGUUCCUACUACACUUCCUGUCCCAACCUCUGCCCCAUUACCCAUCCCCAUCACAGCCCCCUUGCCUGUUUCAGACUUAGGUCCAGCUCUGUUGACCAGUGUGACCCCAGCACUAGCUGUUGUCUCAGCAGCCUCUGGACCACCUUUGGCAUCAGCUGGGGUUUCUCCAUCGAUGUCAGCUUUGGCUCUAGGUUUGGCUACUACUCCAGCCCUGUCCCCACCUCAGACAUCUGGUCACUCUCUGUUGUUGGCUACCACCUCUUCACAUGUUCCAGGAUUGAACUCAGCUGUGGCCCCAGCAUGCUCACCUGUCCUGGUGUCAGCUUCAGCCCUGACCAGUCCUUUUCCAGUAUCACCAAGUUCAGCUCCAGCUCAGGCUUCCCUUCUGGCUGCAGCACCUUCUACAUCUCAGGCUUUAGCCACCUCUCUGGCUCCUAUGGCGGCUUCACAGACAGCAAUCCUGGGCCCUUCUCCAACUCCUCCUCUGGCUCCGCUUCCUGUUCUGGCUGCAUCACAGACUCCGCUUCCAGCUAUGACUCCACCAUCAAUGUCAGGAACUCCUUUACCCUCAUCAUCAUUGGUAUCAGCUCCAACUUCUGUGUUGGCUCCCUCAUCAACUCAAACUCUGGUGUCAACCCCAGUUUCAUCACCUCUCUCAAGCCUGGCUUCUACUCAGACAUUGACCCUAGCCCCAACUUUAGCACCCACUCUUGGUGGAUUGUCUCCGUCUCAGACACAUUCUUUGGGAACAGGGAGCCCUCAGGGGCCCUUUCCAAUUCAGACAUUGUCAUUGACUCCAGCAUCAUCCCUGGUACCAACACCAGCCCAGACACUAUCUUUAGCACCAGGAGGACCAGUAGGUCCAACUCAAACAUUGUCUCUGGCUCCAGUACCCCCUCUGCCUCCAAGUUCUCCAGUGGGCCCAGCUCCAGGUCACACACUGACUUUGGCUCCAGCAGCAUCAUCUGCUUCACUCCUGGUCCCAACUUCGGUGCAAACACUUACCUUGAGCCCUGCUCCAGUUCCUGUGCCCACUCUGGAUUUAUCUGCCACCCAGACUUUAGCACUGGCCCCAGCCUUAACACAGGCUCCAGCUUCCCAGGCGUCUUCCCUUGUUUCAGCAUCUGGUGCCGCUUCCUUGCCUGUCACCAUGGUAAACCGGCUACCUGUUCCCAAGGAUGAGCCUGAGACACUGACUCUGCGCUCUGGUCCUCCCAGCCCUCUUCCCACUGCUACCUCGUUCAGUGGGCCCCGGCCUCGACGCCAACCCCCGCCACCACCUCGUUCCCCUUUCUAUCUGGACUCUCUGGAAGAAAAGCGGAAGCAGCAGCGAUCUGAGCGCCUGGAUCGGAUUUUCCAACUUAGUGAGGCUCAUGGGGCUCUGGCACCCGUGUAUGGGACUGAAGUCCUGGAUUUCUGUACCUUGCCCCAACCUGUUGCCAGCCCCAUUGGUCCUCGUUCUCCUGGCCCCAGCCACCCCAUCUUUUGGACUUACACUGAGGCUGCCCGUCGGGCUGUACUGUUUCCCCAGCAGCGACUAGAGCAGCUGUCAGAAAUCAUUGAGAGGUUCAUCUUUGUCAUGCCUCCUGUGGAGGCACCUCCCCCUUCCCUGCAUGCCUGCCACCCACCUCCUUGGCUGGCCCCUCAUCAGGCAGCCUUCCAGGAGCAAUUGGCCUGUGAGCUCUGGCCUCGAGCCCGUCCUUUGCACCGUAUUGUAUGUAAUAUGCGUACUCAGUUCCCUGACUUGAGACUCAUCCAGUAUGAUUGUGGAAAGUUGCAGACAUUGGCUGUGCUGUUACGGCAGCUCAAGGCGGAGGGCCACCGGGUGCUCAUUUUUACCCAGAUGACCCGAAUGCUGGAUGUAUUAGAGCAAUUUCUCACCUACCAUGGCCAUCUGUAUUUGCGUCUAGAUGGGUCUACUAGAGUGGAGCAGAGACAGGCCUUGAUGGAACGGUUCAAUGCGGACAAACGCAUAUUCUGCUUCAUCCUUUCAACUCGAAGUGGGGGUGUGGGUGUGAACCUGACAGGAGCAGACACUGUUGUUUUUUAUGACAGCGACUGGAAUCCCACCAUGGAUGCUCAGGCCCAGGAUCGCUGUCACCGAAUUGGUCAAACUCGGGAUGUCCACAUCUAUAGGCUUAUCAGUGAACGGACAGUAGAAGAGAACAUUCUAAAAAAGGCCAAUCAGAAGAGAAUGUUGGGAGAUAUGGCCAUUGAAGGAGGCAACUUCACUACAGCCUAUUUUAAACAGCAGACCAUCAGGGAACUGUUUGAUAUGCCUCUGGAGGAGCCACCUGGCUCAUCUGUGUCUUCUGUUCCUGAAGAUGAAGAGGAGGCUGUGGCCAGCAAACAAACUCAUAUUUUGGAGCAGGCAUUAUGUCGGGCAGAAGAUGAAGAAGAUAUCCGUGCAGCCACUCAGGCCAAAGCUGAACAAGUGGCUGAGCUUGCAGAAUUUAAUGAGAAUGAUGGGUUUCCUGCUGGUGAGGGAGAGGAGGCCAAUCGCCCCGGGCCUGGGGCUGAGGAUGAGGAGAUGUCCAGGGCUGAACAGGAAAUUGCUGCCCUAGUAGAACAGCUGACUCCCAUUGAGCGCUAUGCCAUGAAGUUCCUAGAAGCUUCAUUGGAGGAAGUGAGCCGAGAGGAGCUCAAACAGGCAGAAGAACAAGUGGAAGCUGCCCGAAAAGACCUGGACCAAGCCAAGGAGGAGGUGUUCCGACUACCCCACGAGGAAGAGGAAGGACCAGGGGCUGGGGAUGAGAUGUCUUGUGGAAGUAGUGGAGCCAGCCACCGGCGCAGCAAGAAAAUCAGGGCUCCUGAGAGGCUGGGGACUCGUGUCAGUGAACGUCUUCGUGGAGCUCGGGCAGAAACUCAAGGAGCAAACCACACUCCUGUCACAUCCUCCCAUCAUACCUGCAACACCUUUGUGCCUCCCCAAUGCAGCCCUGUGAGAGAAAGAAUUCCCAGGCCAGUGCCUAGGCCUCGUCCUCCUCCUCCUCCUCCUGCUCCUCCUCCUCCUCCUGCUCCUCCUGCUUCUCCUUCUCCUGCUCCUCCUCCUCCGCCUGCUCCUGCUUCUCCUGCUCCUCCUGCUCCUCCUGCUUCUCCUCCUGCUGCUUCUCCUUCUCCUGCUCCUCUCCCUCCUGCUGCUUCUGUUGCUUCUGCUAUAACUUCUGCCCUAGCCACAGCUCCAAUACCCAUUUCAGCCCCAAAUCCAGUAACCAUUCUUCCUGUCCAUAUCUUGCCUACUCCACCUCUGCUUCAGCUUCCUCCUAGUUCGUCUCCUGCUUCUACCCCGCCUUCUGCCUGUACCCCUCUACCCACUUGUACCCCCUUACAAGCUCAAACCUCUGUAUUAACCUCUUCUUCACCAGCCCCACUUGACUCCCUUUCUGUUCCCAUCUCUCCUGGGGUUACCAACCUCCCCUUGGACUCAGGAGAAGUAGGGCUGUGUGCACAAGAAUUGGCACCUGUGGAGUCUCUAGAGCUGCCUGGAAUGACCAAUUCUGAGGCUUCCCUGGCUAGUCUUGUGUCUCCAAAGGAUCUUUUGCCAGUGGCUGUUGAUAUCCUGCCUGAAUCAGAGAAGACUCUUCCUUGUAUUCCUGCACCCAGUUCAACCCUGGAAGCUGAGAGCAUCCCCAAUGGUCAGCAGCAGGAGGUGCCAGGUCCUGUGGAGGGGACCAAUACCACACUGCUACCUGGUAGUGAGGAAUUGACCAUGAGUCUGAAUGAGAGCAAUGGGCUGGAGCUCCCACCCUCAGCAGCAUCUGCUGAACCACUUGAUGAGCUUUUGGAGACUCAUAGGAACUCGGGAGAAACAAGAGAGGUUCAGAUCCCAAUUUCCAACUCAGAAAAGCCACAAGAACUUGUUAGAGCUGAGGUUACAGCCCCAUCAACCUCAUCUUCAGCCACCUCCUCUCCUGAGGGUCCUUUGCCUGCCCGUCCUCCACGGCGUCGAACCAGUGCUGAUGUAGAAAUCAGGGGUCAGGGGUCUGGCCGGACAGGACAGCUCCCAGGUCCCAAAGUGCUUCGAAAGCUGCCAGGAAGGCUAGUAACUGUGGUGGAGGAAAAAGAACUUGUAAAGCGACGGCGACAUCGGGCACCUGCCAGCACCCUAGUACCUGGGGUAUCUGAAGUUAGCGCCAGUCCAAGAAGCCCAUCGAUCCACAGUAUGUCAGGGCCAGAAUCCUCACCUCCUAGCAGUGGGCCCUGUGAAGCUGCUCCUACAUCUUCACUGUCUACCCCAACCCAAUCCACCUUCAUAGCUUGUCGUCACAAUGAACUGGGGACGACUACUGGGGGAAGCCCAGAGAAUGGAGAAGGAACAGAGCUUGCCAUCACUCCACCUGCUGUGAAACGUCGGAGGGGGAGGCCUCCCAAGAAGAACAGAUCUCCAGCAGAUGCUGGGAGAGGGGUAGAUGAGGUACCUUCAUCCAUCUCUAAGGGGAAAACCAAUGGGGUUGACCCAGUCCCCGGCCCUGAAACAGUAACUGUUGCAGAACCUGACCUCAGGCCCCAAUUUGUUCCUGGGCCCCAGCCUCCUGGACCCCAACCAGUUCACAGACCAGAACCCACCAUCCUAUCGCCUGUGGAGAAAAGACGGCGUGGGCGUCCCCCUAAAGCAAGGGAUUUGCCCAUUCCUGGGACCAUAUCCUCUCCAGGAGGCGGCAAUUUAGAGAGCCGAACACAGUCGCUCCCUUUCCCAGCACCCCUGACACCACUCCUAGCCUGUCCCACUGCUGUCACCAACACUGUCACUACUGUCACCAUUUCAACAUCCCCACCGAAGCGGAAGCGGGGCCGACCUCCCAAGAACCCACCAUCACCAAGGCCCAGCCAGCACCCUGUCUUGGACCCCGACAGCUCUUCUAUUCUUGAGAGUUGUGGACUGGGAGUGCAGCGCCAACCCCUGGGCCAGGCAGAAAGUGAAGGCAGUUCCUCUGAUGAGGAUGGAAGCCGUCCUCUCACCCGCCUGGCCCGUCUUCGGCUUGAAGCUGAAGGGAUGCGGGGACGAAAGAGUGAAGGGUCCAUGGUGAUGGCCGUAAUUCAGGAUGACCUGGAUUUAGCAGAUAGUGGGCCAAGUGGGUUAGAACUGACACCACCUGUGGUCUCAUUAACUCCCAAAUUUCGCUCAACCCGCCUGCGUCCAGGGUCUCUAGUCCCCCCACUAGAAACUGAGAAAAUGCCUCGAAAAAGGUCAGGGGCUCCAGUUGGGAGUUCUGGGAUGGCAAAACGAGGCCGCUUGCAGCCCCCAAGUCCCCUGGGGCCUGAGGGUUCAGUAGAGGAGUCAGAGGUAGAAGCCUCAGGUGACGAGGAGGAAGGAGAUGGAACCCCACGCCGUCGAACUGGUCCCCGCAGGCUCGUUGGGACCACCAACCAAGGGGACCAGCGUAUCCUGCGUAGUAGUGCUCCUCCCCACCUAUGUAUCCCUACUAUUAGUCACAGAGGUCGAAAGGCCAAGACGUGAAUGGGCAGCCCCUUCACUUAUGUAUCCCACCAUGGCCGCUUUCCCUUGCCCAGGCCUGACUCUGAUAACCACUACUUGAAGUCUUUGAGGGAAAAAGCCUCCAGGGAGACAUAGGGGGCUGUCUUCCUUUCCACCAAAGUAGGGGGUAGGUUACUGGUUGUCAUGGAAAUGGGGCUUGUCACAACCCCCUUUCUCUCCUAUAUGGCUGGGCAGUGUUAAGGGUGGCAAGAUAGUUUCUGUCCCCACCCCCUUGUACUUGAUUCCCCAGCUGUCUUUCACAGCCUCAAACCCUUAGGGUAAAGGGGGAGGGGCUUUUCAAUGAGGUGGGGUGGGUUUGUUUUGUUUUUUUUUCUUUUUUUUUUUCUUUUUCUUUUUUUCUUUUUUUUUCUUUUUUUUUUUUUUUUAAGAAAAAAAAAAAAAAGCAUAAUAAACUUAGUUUCUGUACAAGCA